CCACCCGUCCCCAGCCCUGCGCCACCCGACGUGCCCUCGCCAUCAGCUGUGACCCCCCCGGCCAUGCUCCCAGCAUUCUUGAGCCCCUCGGAGGAGCAGGGCCUGGAGCAGCCCCCGGGGAGCAGUGACCUCCCCCGGUACCCUGCGCUGGUGGCCCGGCCCACGCCGGCCCCGCUGUGGCAGCUGCCCCCGGAGCAGCUGACCCGCAGUGCCGCCGAGAUCGCGCCCACCCAGGUCACCGAGACGGACGAGUGCAAACUGAACCGGAACAUCUGCGGCCCCGGGGAGUGUGUGAUGGGCCCGGGGGGGUACAGCUGCCUCUGCUUCCCGGGGUACCGCUGGCACCCCCAGCGCCGCUACUGCACCGAUGUGAACGAGUGCGAGGCUGAGCCGUGCGGCGCUGGGCGCGGCGUCUGCAUGAACACGGGUGGCUCCUACACGUGUCACUGUCACCGUGGGUUCCAGCUGCGCCUGCACAAGGGGCUGCGCACCUGCACAGACAUCGACGAAUGUGCCAAGGGCGACGUGUGUGGGGACGGCGGCACCUGCGCCAACGUCCCCGGGCACUACAAGUGCGAGUGUCACCCCGGGUACCGGCGCAAGGGCUCCCGGCCACCCCUCUGCGAAGAUAUCAACGAGUGCCUGGAUGUGGGGACGUGCCCCGAGGCCAAGUGUGAGAACCAGCCCGGGGGGUUCGUGUGCACCCCCUGCCCCCCCGGCUUCCGUGGCCUCAACGGCGCCUGCCUCGAUGUGAACGAGUGCGAGGCAGGAGGGCUCUGCCCCGGGGGGAACUGCGUCAACACCCCCGGCUCCUACAAGUGCCAGUGCCCCCCCGGGCUGCAGCCGGCGCGGGACCCCCCCCGCUGCCAAGACAUCGACGAGUGCGAGUUCGCGGCCGCGUGUGUGGGCGGCGACUGCGUGAACACGGCGGGGUCGUACCGGUGCCUGUGCCCCCCCGGGUACGCGCUGCUGCACGGCCGCCGCUGCCAGGACAUCGACGAGUGUGCGCUGGACCCCGGGCUGUGCCCCCCCCCCGGCACCUGCACCAACCUCGAGGGGUCGUUCAGCUGCCGCUGCCCCCCCGGCUACACCCCCGGCCCUGACGGGCGCCGCUGCCUCCCUCGGGAGCCCCCCGCCCCCCGCAAGGAGUGUUACCUGAGCCUGGAGCUCCCCGUGUUCUGCGACGCCGUUUUGGGGACCAACGUCACGCGGGGGGAGUGUUGCUGCUCCGUGGGGGCGGGAUGGGGGGACCUGUGCGAGGUGUACCCCUGCCCCCUGCCCUCCUCGGCUGAGUUCGUGGAGCUUUGUCCCGACGGGAGGGGCUUCAUCCAGGAUGACAACGGCCUCGACUACGGAGUCCCAGCGCACCGGGACAUCGAUGAGUGCGGGCUGUUCGGGGACGAGAUCUGCAAGGGGGGGAAGUGCGUGAACACCCAGCCGGGCUACGAGUGCUACUGCAAGGCUGGCUUCGACUACGACAGCGCCCUGCGCCAGUGCCUGGACGUGGACGAGUGCCUGGACGAGUCGAACUGCGUGGACGGGGCGUGCGAGAACACGCGCGGCUCCUUCCGCUGCACCUGCGGGCCGGGGGCGCGGUACCACCCGGGGCUGCGGCGCUGCCUCCCCUCCCCCGAGCACGAGCGCCCCCCCGGCCCGGAGCGGCCCCCCCCGGAGCGGCGGGACGUGUGCUGGCAGCGGCGGGGGGACGAGGGGGUCUGCGGGGCGCCCCUGGGGGGGGGGCCCCUCACACUGGACGAGUGCUGCUGCCGGGGGGGGGCCGGCUGGGGCCCCCACUGCCGGCCCUGCCCCCCCCGGCCCCCAGGCCUGCCCUGCCCCCCAUCACAGAGCGAGAGCAAUUCCUUCUGGGACGUGAGCCCCCUCGGCUUGGAGGGGGCCCACAGAGGUGACGACAGCUCCGAGGAAGACUCUGCCGAAUGUCCCUGUCCCGGGGGGGUCCCUGGUCGCUGCCUCCGCUCCCCCCGGGGACUCUGCGAGUGCCCCCCCGGCUUCCAGCCAGACCCCACCCGCACCCGCUGCCUCGACAUCGAUGAGUGCCGAGACCCCCGGGGGGGUCCCCGCUGCCCCCGUGAGCGCUGCAUCAACACGAGCGGCUCCUUCCGCUGUGCCUGCAAAGCCGGGACCGCCCGGGCCCGGCCCGGGGGGCUUUGCCUCCCCCAGCGCCGCUGACCCCCCCCAGGACCGCGGGGGGGCUCUGACUGCCCCAGCGCCGCUGACCCCCCCUGGGUCCCCCGGGACCCCCUCGGACCUCAAUAAAGGACGUGGGG